AUUGUAAAUUGUUGCCCGCCCCUCUAGUCUAGGUCUAGGACAUCUCUUGUCAGUCAGCAAUACCAUCCCUCUCAGUCUCACAUGGAUGUGUAUGGUGGCAGCAAGCUUUCAAUAUAAUCCCAGUCUCGUUCCAAGUUCCAAACCCAGAUCGACCAAAAUAUGACUCUUGCAAACUAGAUCUGAGAAGAACCUAUGUUUGGCGUUAUGAAAUCAUGCGAGCUUGCAUGAAAGAUCUAUCUUACCCUCAACAGCGUCCUUUCAAUUUAGUGCUACUGUAGUACUGUAUGUUCUGAGUGAUCACUCGGUCUCAAUCCUAAGAAAUCCUCCGACACUCAUUUCCAUCUCUUAUAUCUUUUGUAACCAUGGAAGGUGAAGCUUCCAAUUCGAAGAAGGAUCCAGUUUGUGAGAUUUGUGUAGAGGACAAGUCUGCAAACGAGUUGUUUGGGAUUCAAAAUUGCUGCCAUUCUUAUUGCACGGUCUGUGUGGUCAAUUACGUGGUUUCCAAGCUUCAAGAGAACAUUACAGGCAUUAGCUGUCCUGUUCCUGAUUGCAGAGGAUCGCUAGAGCCAGAGCACUGUCAAUCAAUUCUCCCCUCAGAAGUGUUCGAUAGGUGGUUAUGUGCAUUGUGUGAAGCUUUGGUUCUUGAGUCUGAAAAGUUUUACUGUCCUUUUAAGGAUUGCUCAGCGAUGUUAAUUGAUGAUGGGAAAGAGGUUGUGAGAGAAUCGGAGUGCCCGAAUUGUAGGAGAUUGUUCUGUGCGCAGUGUAAGGUUUCUUGGCAUGCCGGGUUUGACUGCGCAGAGUUUCAGAACUUGAAUAAAGAUGAGAGGGAAAAUGAAGAUAUUUUGUUGAGGAACCUCGCUGACAAGAAAAAAUGGAGGAGGUGUACAAAUUGCCAGUACUAUGUUGAAAAAUCUGAUGGUUGCUCUUACAUGAAAUGCAGAUGUGGAUAUGCCUUCUGUUACAACUGUGGCGUAACAGCUCCCUUAGCUUCCCAUACCGCUCAAUGUCCAAGCUGUAAGCAGUAAUUCCCUUUUUGCGAUACUAGAGAUUGAUGCAGGCGCUGUUGCACAAUCAAGGGCUUUCGACGGAGUAUCGGAAUUUUUAUUUAGUUAAUUUACAUUUCUGUACUAUCUCAAAAUGCAUGCUUGUACUGUAGAACUUAUCCUUAGUCGCUUUAACUUUUAUUGAAAGAUGGAAUGAAUUGUUAGGGAACGUAUGAAUGAAAUCAUACAGUACUUUAA